AUGGCUAUUGGGUUGGUCACUUUGGUGGUUGUGACUGUGGUAUCGCUCUGGUUCUACGCCAACUACAUUUUCGAUGAGGAUGCCGCCCGCGCCUUGACAGCCAGGAAGAAGCCUGUCUCGACUGAGAUUAUUUCUUUGCGCAUCUACCCCAUCAAGUCAUGCCGUGGCAUCGAGGUUCAGGACACUAAGCUUCACAGGACUGGAUUGGAUCUGGAUCGCCAGUGGAUGUUCGUUGACGCAAAGACCCGCCAAUUCUUGACUAUUCGCUCCGACCCUACCAUGACUCUUAUUGAUACUGGACUCAGUGGAGACGGCAAGGGCAAGUGGACCGAACUGCAUGUCAGCAUUCACAAUACCGACAAGCACGUCAAGAUACCUUGCUAUCCUACCUCCGAAUGGCUGGAGCAGAACACCAAGCUCACCAAGGUUGAGAUCUGGGGCCAGGAGACAGAUGGCUGGGAGUACAGCGCCGAGAUCAACGCUAUCUUCAGCGAGUACUUCAAGAAGCCUGUUGCAUUGAUCUACAAGGGUCCCACUCCCAGAAUUGCUGGCGGAAACGCCACUCCUGAUCUCUAUGGCAAGGAGCAACAGCAUCACUUUGCCGAUCUCAUGAGCAUUCAAAUUGCUUCGGAGGCUUCUCUCGCCGAUCUCAACUCAAGACUCGAGGCCGCUGGCCACGAUCAACUCACCAUCGAGCGCUUCAGACCAAACAUCAUCGUCAAGGGAACCUCAGCUUGGGACGAGGACAGCUGGAAGAAAGUGUCGAUUCGUACCACUGAUCACGCACGCGAAGCAAUCUGGAGAACCAACCUCGACGUCCUGUGCCACUGUGCUCGCUGCCAGGUACCCAACGUCAACCCGGACACUGCUGAGAAGCAUGCACACGAGCCUUGGGACACACUCAUGAAGUUCAGACGUAUCGAUCAGGGUGGAGUGGCAAAGUACAAGCCUUGCUUUGGUAUGCUGUGCGUCCCUACGAGCGAGAAUCCCAUCGCUGUAGGUGCUGCUCUCGAAGUCGUAGAGCGCACAGAGAAGCACUUGUACAACACAUCCAGAUUUGAGGAUCUGUAG